CCUCACGGAGGGGCGUUCAUGAUCUGCCAUGGUCGUAGACUGUGAUCCCGGAAGACCUCGCGGCGGAACCUUGCGGCGGCGGCGCGAUGGACACAGGGAAAAGCGGAAUCAAGAUAAUCAACAACCCUCCGGAGUCCAAACUCACCGAGUUGGGUGUCAAAUCUUGGCCGAAGUGGGGAUGUGAACCGAGCAAAUUUCCAUGGACGUACUCCUCCAAGGAGACAUGCUAUCUUUUGAAGGGGAAGGUGAAGGUGUACCCGACGCCGACGGGAUGUGAUGACAAAGUUGUUGAAAUAGGAGCGGGCGACCUUGUCGAGUUCCCGGAGGGUUUGAGCUGCACUUGGGACGUCUCUGAAGCUGUUGGCAAGCAUUAUCACUUAGAAUGAUACCCCCCCCCUCCCCAAAUCUCAUUACUCCCAUUUUGACACCGUUUUCUUACAAACAUUACAUGUCUAUACUGUGAAUGCCUGUGAGAAGAGUAGACAUGUGACACUAUUCUGUGAAUGUUUGUGAGAAGAGUGAUGUCAAAAUUGGGGUACCCUAAGUAUAAUUGUAUCACUUUGGAUUUUGGAACAAUAAAUGUUGCCUUCCCUAAUUUGGGCAUGUCGUCACUACUCACUAGUUUAGACAUGAAACUAUCAACCCCAAAUAAAUGUGUUUGUGCGUG